AAAACUUUCUUUAAGACAAGCUAUCGAUUUUAUUGAUGAAGCUUGGGAAGACAUUAAAAAUAGUGAGCCAAGUGAAAGUGAGUUAGGUGGAACCGAGUUAGAUGAAAGCGAAUUAGGUGAAAAUAUGUUAGGUGAAAAUGAGUUAGGUAGAAGUGAGUUAGAUAAAAGUGAGUUAGAAGCAAUCGAACCUGAUAUCCCUAAGGUCGAUGAUAUUGAUAUAUUAAUUGAUGAUCUUUCAGUUGAUAAUAGCCCAAAGGUUCAACAAUUAAUACAAGAUAUUGAAGAAUACAGUUAUUUAAUCGAUCAACCUGUUAUAACUGAAGACAUAUUUACAGAUGAGGGUAUAAUUGAAAUAGUAAAGCAUAAUUUUGAAGAUAAUAAAGCUGUAGAGGUGCUUAAGAAAGUUAUAAGAUAUCAGGAGGGUCUUGAAGCCGAAAAAGGAUUCGAUGAAGAUGGACUAAAAAU